CUUUAUAUAUUGAAUUCAACACUAAUGUCAAACAGUAUUAAGAAGAUUUUUGAAAUACUUAACUUAUUUCCUAGUUUUGUGAACAAAGUUGUGAGGAGAAGAAGAUAGAGAUCAUGGGUUCUUUAGUGUCAGGGUGGAAUUCUCCUAGGUCUGGUAGGUUUGAGAAAAGGAAGUCCUUUACUGAGGAAGAGAUAGAUAACUUUUGGAAGGUUAAGCGUGGGGCUGAAGAGGAGCAUCUGAGGGCAGUUGUAGAGACUGAUUCAGAGAUUUCAGAGGUUCAUGACCAGAUAAGUAUAAUUGGGGGCAGAGGCAGCCAAUCAUUCCCUGCUAAUCGUCCAGCUCGUCUAGAAGUAAGCAAUAGCUUCACACAGAGAGUCAGUGAAGAUGCUCAAUCUGUGACAAAUGGGGAGUCAGUGAGGGACAAGAAGCUGGCCUGGUGGACAAGAAGCAACUGGGCAUUUUUGAAUGAACCUCCACAGUCAGAAAUGGAUGGACAUGCCUAUAAAUAUGCUGCACAGCAUGAAGUUGCUAUGAUUGGAGGCCAAAAACAGGGCUUAUCUCCAGAUUUAAUGGCAUCUACUUCUUAGACAAACAUGAGAGUUUUGUAUGUACAUAAUUUACAAUGAAAGUAGCUGUAAAUAUUAAACUGGUUUCUCCAAGGCACAGCCAAGACGGAUAUUCUGAUGCUAAGAGCAUUGUAAGAAUUUCAGUAGCAUUUAGUAUUAGAACUGUACUGGUCUAGCAUAUUGUGUGCUGACAUGGAUAAAGAUGAAGGAAAAGUUUCAACUUCCACUAAAUAAAAUCAUGAAAUCAUGAGAUAUAAAUCAGUGAAGACGUAAUUGAGAUGUUAGGGAUUCCAAUAGUGAGAGUAUUCAUUUACAGGGGCGGUGACUGAACAAUACAUUACUGAGCCAUUCCACCUGUACUGAGGAGUCUCUUGAUCCAUAAAUUUUUUGUAAUUUGUGAGUUUAAAAUUAGGUUAAGGUAGUGGGCUACUCUUUCUUUCUUGUACUUGUAAGUACUGACCACUAUUGUAUUGUAAAGAUGCAAGAAUCAUAUAAGUUUUGGUUAAGUUA